CAGGUUGCCAAUAGGAUCGACUUAGAGGGUGCAAUGCCUCGCCCUCGACGACCUGGCGCUCCAGAGCCUAAGCGAAGGAGCCGAAAAGGAUGCUGGCCAUGCAAGGCUCGCAAAGUCAAAUGUGGCGAAGAAAAGCCAUCUUGCCUCAAUUGCCAACGACAAGGAGAAUCAUGCGACUACAGCGUUCGCCUCAAUUGGGGUGGCCGCACCAAGCGGCCUUCCGUUGAUUCUCCGACUUCCACUUCGAGGGGAUAUGGGGGUACGCUGAUUGGCUUUGCUGAGCCGAUGCGGACCAGUGCCAUUGACUCGGCCGAUGUCCCCGCAUCAAUACCAUCAGGAAACAAGGCCCCUGCAGAUGGGUUCAUUAACUUCAGAUCGGGUGACCUCGGGUCCCCUGGAGCCCUGUCGCCUAAUAGCGCUGCCGCCUUCGGUGUCUUCGACUCCCCAAAGCCUCAAGUGCUUUCAGAGAAUGCGAUAUCACCCCCUCAAGGAGAGGUUCAAUUUCCCACAACAUGGGCAGAGCAUUCUCCCGUAACCCCGGCUUCAUCGGGGUCCAUGUCACAGUACUCAUUUGGUCAGACCUUCCAUAGCUCAUUCUCUCCGGCAGCAGACCAGGGAGUCGGUCUUCGAUCUCUUUCUGCUUUUGCAUUUCACUCAAGCUCGGUAUCGCAGCCGGUUUCCUUUCUUCGAAAUUCAGUGGACAUGACAGGUCAUCCAUCAGAUGCAUCGUCCCGUCCAAGUCAGAUUGAUGCCCAGAUAGCCACAAGCCGUUCCUUGCCACAUGAUGACCAUGGGCUGAGUUUCUUAUUGAACGACCCUGCCGGACAGGAUAGCCCCUCUCAUAAUCUGACAGGCCACGGUGGAGUUUCAGCAUUGCUGCUUCCAAGAUCGCAUGCAUCCUCCUCUCCUGGUCAUGACAGGCAUACGCCUGUAUCGAACCAUGCACCAAGGUCCGAAUCGCUUCGUUCAUUCCAUCAUUCUGAAAACCUGUGCACUGAUUCCAGGGACAGAGAAAACGAUCAUCCUAGAAACGAAUCCCUCGCCGCUCAAUGUAAAUGGCAGGCCUAUCUGACCAGUGUGACCGAUAAUUAUGGUUUGGACAGCGGUCGUCCAGAUCGGGAUCUGACCUUGAAUAAUGAUCAUGCUGCUAUUGACAUCAACUCCGCCGUUGACAAAGUCAGCUCACAAAGUCGAAAUGGUGAAUCCCUGUCUCCUACAUCUUUUCCCGGCGUCUCCGGUGUGCAAAAGUCCGGCUUUAGCGGGUAUUAUGCGUCUCCAGUUCCCAUUAACAUCCCUCGAUACCUGUCCCCUCUUCCUUCAUCCUUGCUGAAGAACCCAAUAAACUUGUUGUAUUUCCAUCACUUCCUCAACCACACGUCGAAAAUGCUGGUUCCACACGAUUGCGACAACAAUCCAUUCGUGUCAGUGCUACCGUCGAUGGCAAUUUCCGACCCCAAUUUGUUGAACCUAGUUUUGGCAUACUCGGCGAGCCAUCGAGCACGUUAUCUGGGACAUGCGGAACCGGCCACUCGAAUUGCGCAUUGGGUUAGCGAUGUCUUUCCAGCCUUGCGGGUUGCUUUGGAGGCAUCUAAAGAGGAAAUUACCGAUAGCCAUUUGGCUACGGCGAUCCUGCUCUUGUCGUUGAAGAUCGUUUGCCCUGGGACCUUUGAAGUCCCUAUCCCCUGGCAGAGUCACCUGAAGCUCGCCCGAGAUCUGUUCAUUGCUCGUAGCGAUCGCAUCGCAAUGCCUGGGAAUCGAAUUGGCGCUUUCUUCGCCCGCUGGCUAGGAUAUAUUGAUACCAUGGGCGCGCUUUCUUGCCGCCAAGCAGGUCCGCCAUUGAUGUUGUACCACUCCGUUCUGGCAGAGUGCUGUCGUCCUCAAAGCCAUGACGAAUACUGCGUUGACUGUUUCACUGGGUUCAGCCCCCGCACUGGAUUCUUCCUUCUCAGGCUUGCCCAGCUAGUUCAGCAAUGUGACAACGAACGAUUCGACGAUAUGGGUAACUUCCAACGGGGCUGGCACCCUUCUGCAGAUAUCGUGAUGGAGGCCCAGGCUGUGCUUGGCGACUUUGAUGACCUGAACGAAAGAGUCCAUGCCGACCCGGACCAUCAUCUUGGGGUUGAGGGCGAUGACAUGAUGGCCACAGAGGAAGCCUUUCGCUGUGCUGGGCUGCUCCACCUUCACCGACGAGUGCUUGAAUCUUCGCCUGAUUCAUUUCCCGUGCAAGAUGCCCUGCGUAAGCUUGUCGGGGCUUUGGAUCGUAUGCGACUUGGGGCUUCGACCGAAGUGUGUUCACUGCUUCCACUGUUCACUGCUGGAUGUGAGUCGCGCGAUACCACCCAGCGAAUGAAACUGCUCAAUCGUUUCUUCGUGCUAGAGAAGUCCGGAAUGAAACAAAUUCAAAAUGCUCGGCAGCUGAUGCAACACUGCUGGGAUGACAACUUGCCGUGGAUUGCUCUGGCUGAAGGGGAGUUCCUCGGGUAA